AGUGUGGGGAUAGGAUUCUGCUGACUGUGUCUCUCUCAGCGCUUCCAUUUGAUUGGCUGCUUUCCCCUGUGAAUAGGGGGCUGUGAGUGGGGAGCAGGUAUUGAGUGUUGGACUCUUGCUCUUUCAGGGGCCGGUGACCUUUGAGGAGGUGGCUGUGUAUUUCAACAGGGAAGAGGGGGCUCUGGUGGACCCCACUCGCAGAGCCCUUUACAGAGACAUCAUGCAGGAGAACUAUUAGAAGGUAACCUCGCUGGGGUUUCCAGUUUCCAAACCCUCUGUGAUCUCCCAGCUGGAAGGAGGGGAAGAGCCGUGGGUGCUGGAUCUCCAGGGUUCAGAGGAAAACGAGAUCCUGAGAAGUCCCUGGACAGCAGGUGAUGGGUUGGUGAGGGAGAGUGAGGAGCAGAAUCCUCACUAGGAAGAUGCUGAGCUUGCCGAAGUGCAUGGGGAAUUACUGCGAAGAUCCAAAGGGAGCGUGACCAGCCCACGUGAUCAGGGAAAAGCUGAUGAAAGUUACCACAGACCAGAGAGAGAGCAGGGAAACCACUCAGAGGAGAGAGUGGAUGAACCCAUUAAUUGACAGGGAAUUCACAGGGACCUCAAGGAAACUACGUCCCUGGAGAAGAUCCUCACGGAGGAGCAAGAGAAUACGUGUAGUGAGUGUGGGAAAAACUUCAAUUACCAUUCAGGCCUUAUUCGACAUGAGAUAAUCUACACAAAAGAGAGACCCUACGAAUGCUGUGAGUGUGGGAAAAGUUUCACUCAGAGAUAUACCCUUAUCUCUCAUCAGAGAAUCCACACGGAAGAGUGACCCUACAAAUGCUGCAAGUGCGGGCUAAGCUUCACUCAGAGAUUAGCCCUUAUCUCUCAUCAGACAAUGCACACAGGAGAGCGACCCUACGAAUGCUGCGAGUGUGGGAAAAGUUUCUCUUGGAGCUCAAACCUUACUAUACAUCAGCAGAUCCACACAGGAGAGAGACCCUAUGAAUGCCGUGAGUGCGGGAAACGUUUAACUCACUUCUUCUCCCUUACCUCUCAUCAGACAAUGCACGCAGGAGAGCGACCCUCUGAAUGUUGUGAGUGUGGGAAAAGCUUCUCUCGGAGCUCAAACCUUACUAUGCAUCAGAGGAUCCACACAGGAGAGAGACCCUAUGAAUGCAGUGAGUGCGGGAAACAUUUCACUCACCUCUCCUCCCUUAUCUCUCACCAGAGAGUCCACACGGGAGAGAGACCCUAUGAAUGCAGUGAGUGCGGGAAAAGCUUCUCUCAGAGCUCAACCCUUAUUACACAUUACAGAAUCCACACCGGGCAGAGACCCUAUGAAUGCUGCGAGUGUGGGAAAAGCUUCACUCAUAGUUCAGGUCUUUCUAAACAUCAGAGAAUCCGUAAAGGAGAUAAACUUCAUAAAAACCUUCUCUAGAGCUGUCAGAAGAUUUUUUUCUUUAAUUCUUUUGACAGUUCCCAGAUAGUGAGUGUUAAGGCUGUUUGCAUCUUUUGCACAUUGAGGUCCCUCAGCUUCCACACAUGAGUUGCCCACUUUUGAAGCUCGCCCGUCUUUGGGGUGGAUCCUGUGGUCCUUUCUAUCAACUGCAUUGUCCUGCGAGUCAUGGGAGUGGGUGUCCUUUCUAUCAGGAAUGUCAUCACCCCAGGUGGGGGAGAUGGGGAGUGUCUUCAACCAGCUAUAUUGAGAUAAAAUCUACCUGGAUCUCAUCACUGUGGUUGCCAUGGAGUUAGCUAGCUUGAGUUCACUUUUCUGAUGUAAAAAGACAGCUAUUUUUGCAGUAAAGACAUGGGCCAUGGAUAGUGGGUGGGGUUAUCUAGCACAUUUCCUCCUGAUCUGACCUAACCACCAUCACAUUUCCUUGUCUGAACAAACCUGGAGAUUCACAUUUGUACUCCUCCUCCCAGUGCAAAGUUAUUGUUAGAGACGUCAAGUUCCUCUCUGAGGACAGAUCGUCUCAUUCCCAGUUGUUCUCACAUUACCCUGGAUUGUGCAGAACAGCAGUUACUUUGUUGACUUUUUUUCUCAUGUAAAAUAUAUUUCAAUAUGAUGAAGAGCUGGAGCAGUGUCAGGGAAAUAAGGGUCAUUUCAGGUUCUGUGACACUGGAAGGAGAUGGGGUGACUCAGAGAUUCCGUCCUUCCCCAUCAUCCCAGAACUGUUACCUUGUGCCUGAGCCAUGCAGAGUUCACCCCUUCAUAUUCCUUCACUUCCCAAGGUGUCUGGUGAGGUCAUGUUCUUGGCUGUCCAUGCUUGGGAAUGGUGCUUGGACGUCUUUGAUCCUAAAUCAGAGUCACUCUGGCAGGCAAUGAAAGUGUCACAGACCUGGAAGGGGAUUUCAAAUGGAUCCCAAGCACUAUUCAAAUCCCCUUUUUCCUCUAUUGGCAAAGCCACUUCUGGGGAGGUCGGCUGUUUUUUCCACCCGUUAUGAAGGUGCUAAAACUUCUGUGAAUAACACUAAUGAGACAGCACUGGGUGAAGCAGGUUUCAGUGGAUCAGGGGAGAAUUUCUCUUCCUGAUUCUGAGACAUCAGAUGUAACCUAGUCUGGAAUUUCACUUUAAAUUAAAAUGAAAGUGUCUUCUA